CAAGCCUCAAAAGUAAGUGUUUUGGUUAAUGCUAUUUUCUAAUUUACAGAAGCUCUCAUUCUACAAAACUAAAAUCUUCAACCCCAAAAGUUAAUUUUUCAUCAUAUUCUUUAACUUUGAAGAAGAAUUAAAAGAAAAAGAAGAAGAAAAAUUCCCUUUGUGUUUUAGUUGAUGUUGGGACUCCACAAAAAAAGCAAGUAAAUGGUAGUAAUAUUGCUUACAUGGAGUUACAUAUUGAAGAUCAAAGCGGCAGUAGCAAUAGCAGAUGGCUCCGGUGGUAGCAGCAGCAGAUGGCUCCAGCAGCAAUAGCAGAGCAGAUGGCUUUGGUUGUUCAACGGUAGCAGCAGCAGAUGGGUCCGGUGGUGGCAACAGCAUAUGGGUCCGGCAACAACAACAAAUGGCUCUGGUGGCGGCAAUAGCACUAGCAACAGAGGAGAUGGAUUCGACAGCAGCAACAGCAGAGGAAACUGAAGUUGAGAUGGAGGUGAGAGAUGUGUGAAGCUGCAGACAAGAGAUGUGAGAUUGAGUGAUGGGAAUUAAAAUAAAUUAGGGUUAGGGUUAAAUGUAGGGGAAUGGGUUGGGUUGGGAGUUGGGUUGGGUUGGAUAGAAUUGGGUUAAAUUUAAUUGUAAUUGGAUUGGAUUUGGGUUUGGGUUUGAGUUUAAAGAAUAAAUUAAUUUUAAAAUA